AUAGCUUCAGAGGACUGAGGACUGAGAACUGAGAAAGAAGAGAGCAGACUCCCAUCUACACUCACAUAUAUCCAAUCGGUGGUUUUGGAGCCGAGAUGGUGGCGGAAGAGAUCGUGGUCUCCCUCUCAGGAGGAGCUCCGUGGGGGUUUAGGCUGCAAGGAGGAGCAGAGCAGCAAAGGCCGCUACAGGUGGCAAAGGUACGGAAGCGCAGCAAAGCAUGCCGAGCCGGACUGAGGGAGCUCGAUGAGCUGAUUGCCAUCGGUGACCUGAUGUGUGCUGACCUUACACACGCUCAGGCCAUGAACCUAGUAGAUAAAGAGACUUCCACGCUGAACCUGAAAGUUAGAAGGAACCUCUCUGGAUUUCAGCCUUCGUCCUACGCUGCUCGCUCUACGUCACCUCGAUCGUCCGCGAAGGUUCUGUCGCCUCCUGCGACCCUCCUGAACAAUGGUUGCUCCCUCCUCUCUCCCACCGAGUUACCCAGGGGCGUUACAUCCCCCCCAGACAGCGAGGCGUACUACGGCGAGACAGACAGCGACGCAGACACACAAUCACAGACGCACCAUCGACGCCAACGGCGAACGUCUCCUCAUGCUCGCUCGCCUUCGCGUUACGACAACCAGGAGGAGGAGACGUCGGAGAUGAGCGGGUAUGAAAGUGCUACAGAUGCCGGAGUUAGCACCCAGUGGCAUUCCCAAGGUCUCACCGGUGUCCCCCGCAGAGAGGUCAUCUACCUGCCCCACCAGUAUGAGAGAAAUACUUCUGCUCACAGCCUGACUCCUCGCACCCUCACCCCGACCCCUGAUCAGGGCCCGCUGGACGCAGAGGGAGAGGGGGACAGCGGUUUCCAGGAGAUAGGAAGCUGCGCUGCGCCAGGCUGUCCGCCUCUGGUGUCUCCAGAACGGGCAAAAGAGGCCCUGAAGCUGGGCUCCGGUCAUCAUCUGGUGCCCAUGGUGGGACCACAGCUCACCCCGGUUAACGACGAACUCUCCACCACCUACAUGGAGAAGGCUCGACAAGCCAAGUUGCAGCGCGGGGAGAGCGUGGUGGAGAAACAGGUGAAGGAGGCCCGCACUAAAUGCCGCUCUAUUGCGUCUUUGCUGACUGACGCUCCCAACCCCAAUUCAAAAGGGGUUCUUAUGUUCAAGAAACGCCGGCAGAGAGCCAAGAAGUACACGCUGACCUGCUUCGGGAAGGCCGAGGGAGACAGAGGAGGGGAGACAGAAGGGGAGACCGGAGGGGAAACAGAAGAGGAAGGAGGAGGAAGCUCGAUCCUAAGUGGCUCGGAGGUUGAGGAAGAAGGAUUGUUUGCCUCUUUUGACGCUACGUGGGAUUCAGGUUAUCUUGAUCUGCUGGAUAGGAGGAGCUCUGCCUGCCCGUCAAACACACCAACCACUCCAACUGCGCCGAGCACCAACAACAGCGCAGAGGUGGACCUCUCAGCUUAUCGCACACCAGGACGCUUGACAUCUGGAAAUCAAAGCUCAGGGUUGGAUAUCUCGGGCUUGGAGAGUUCAGCCAGCGGCAGCUUCACAAAACAGCCCAUCGGCGACCAGAUGUCUCCUCCAGCUGUGGCUCUGACUAACGGGGGUUCAGUUGCAGUGAGUCGGGCAAGUGUUGUUCUGAGCCCACCCUCUGAGACACCCACACAAAGUCAAAAUGGGCUCCACAACCAUUCUAAUAACACCGGCAGCUCCGAUUUUGGUGCGAGCCCUGGCGCGGACCCGAUCGGUAUCUCCAGCUUUAAUCCAAACUCCGUUAUUCUGAACCGCACUGCACGCCCGUUCGCCCCCGGCUCAACCCCGUCCCGCGCGUCUGUGACCUCCGUGAUGUUCCGGCCUCCCCAACCCAAACCGACGCCGCUAACUAUGGCACCCAAACCCGUUUCAGCGGUUUCCAUGAUGACGAUCUCACCCGCGCAACCUUCACCAGGGGCAGAUGCAAGGAGAGCGGUGUCCAGCACCUCUCUUUACAUCCCUCCAAGAAACAACCACAGUAACACUUCCCCCUCUGUUUACUCCCCUCCAUCUUUCUCUCAGCCUCCUUCGACAUUUUCUACUCUUUCUCCGGUGCAUGCGUCUCCCUCAACCCCGCUCUCGCCGUCUGCAGAUCAAAAUUCUCUGAUACACCCAUCGACUGCUAAACCCUUCUCCCCUCCACCUUACCUCUCUCCUCUUGCUCCUCCUUAUCCACCUCCCACUUCAACUCCUCACAUUUCCUCUCUGAAACCACCUUCUGAUUUAGCUAAAGACUUGUUCCCUGCACCUCCUGUCACCUCUCCCUCUCCCUCUCCGUCCGUCCACCCAUACAUCAACGUGACAGAUGCAGCCUCUCCUACGUUGCCUCCUCAGGCUCUUGCCAGCGACUCGAUGGCCACGCGAGAGCACCGCAUAUCGGUCCCGGCUGCUCGCACCGGCAUCUUGCACGACGCUCGCCGUCGUAGCAGCAAGAAGCCAAUGUUCACUGCGCUACAGAGCAAAGAUGUUUCUCCAAACCCCGACUUGCUGUCGAUGGUGCAGAACAUGGAUGACCAUUGCGGGAGAACGGCAUGUGUGGAGUCUGUGGUUGCCCCAAGUGGGGAGGCCGGUCAUGAGUCAGGGCCUGAGGAGGACUGGCUGAGGCUUGGGGCAGAAGCCUGUAACUUCAUGCAGGCACAGCGAGGACCGAAGCCGCCCGCCGUGGCUCCUAAACCCCAGACCCCUCAGGUCCUGCAGCUUGCUGGUAAAGGAGGGCAGCUCUUUGCUCGCAGACAGAACAGGAUGGAUCGAUAUGUUGUGGAGCGUUCUCCAUCUGCCGCUGCAGCACCUUACUCUCCAGCUCAGACCAGGGAGCCUUCACCCACACCUUCCCUUCCCGCAGCAUGGAAAUACUCACCAAACAUCCGUGCCCCGCCUCCGAUCAACUACAAUCCCCUGCUGUCGCCUUCCUGUCCUCCAAAGGCCCAGAAGAAACCCGAGGUAGCAAAGUCUGGGACAAACAGAUCCAAAGGGAAAAAAGCCGGCAUCAAGCCUGUUGACAUAAUGAGCCACCAGCCCUACCAGCUCAACUCGUCCCUGUUCAGCUAUGGAGCCGGGCUUCCCCAGGAUCCUUCCAACGUUAACCAUCAGAGAAGUGGUCCUCAGAAGACAGCAAGGGUCUAUGAGGUAAAGCGGUUCUCAACACCCCCUCCGACCGCCACAGGACCGACCCCCAAAGUUAUUGUACCUCGAUCCGCCACAACACUUGGAGAACCACUGAGGUACUCUGAUGAGUUUUCCCCACUCGCUGCUGGAGCAGUGCCCCGUGAACACAUGCAGACUCCGCCCCAGCCCUUCCAGCCUCAGUGGGCCUCCUCUCCUCUGUCUUCCCCACUGCCUCCGGCCCCCACUGCCCCGCUCCCCCAGCUCCCGACCUUCUCCUCACGGGGGGUUUCAAUCCCGUCCCAGCCCCCGGUUGCUCCGCAGGCCAACAGGAGUUUCAAGAGUGCCCCAGAUCUAAGUCCUCUGGGUCCCAGUAAUGCCUCUCACCAGUCUCCCAGCAGCUCUCAGCCCCCCCGGGUGCCCAGGCCUCGGUUCAGCACUUCUAACUUGGGUCUGCAACCAUGCAUAUGGCGUCCUGGAUCCACCGCGCACUAAACAGAUCCUCAUCAGGCCAUGAGAAACAAAAACUGUGUGGGGAACGUUAAAAAAAUCUUCUGAUAUUACCUAUUAUUUUUAUUAAUACCAUUAUAGCAAGGAUUUUAAACGAAUCAGCCACACGUUUAACCACAAUAUUUGUCUGCAUGUAAUUCACGUGAAUCACGUUUUAGAUUUUACCCAGCUCAGAUCUGAUUCAUGUAGUGAAACAUUAAUAAGAAAAGAACUCCCAUCAUUGGAGGUCCGACAAGCUGUUAGAGAAAUCGGAAGCAAAGUUUUGUAAAUAUCCUGCAGAAUUAUUUGAGUUUAAUGUCUCAAAAAGUGGAAUAGAGGAUGUGUAAUGUCGGGUGGGAUUUAAGAGAGAAGUAGCAGAGAAUGGGGAAAGAUGUACAGAAAGCAGAGAUGAAGCAGCAGAAUUUAAAAGAAAGAUGCCGAGUGAAUGCAAACCUUCACAAUCUGCAAAAUCCUGCCUGUUGCUAUCACAUAACAGCUCAUUUAACUAAGUUCUGUUACAACCACUAUUAAAAGUCAUUGAUAGUUCUAAGUAUUUAAGCUGGAUCCUUGAUCUUUGUGUGCUUUGCUGUAGGGAACAGCCUUUUGCUGCAGACAUUAUUGAUAAGGGAAAUAUAAUACAGGGUAUAGGUACAACAUGUCUGUUUGCCUGUGAUUCUUCUUCACAGAAACAUGGGGUUGAAUAAAAAUAGACAUGACUCACCUCA